AUGAGGUUUUUACUUUGGCCAGUUGUUUUGGGCCUUCUGUCUUUUCUGAGUCAGUGUACAGAAGCAGUGGAGAGACACUACUACAUCGCUGCAGUUAACAUUAAUUGGGAUUAUACAACAAAUGGAACUCCAAGUAAAGGUCCCAUCUAUAGAAAGACAGUGUACAGGGAAUAUGACCCAGGUUUCAAUACAGUUAAAACAACUCCAUGGUCAGGGCUGCUGGGACCCACACUCCGCGGCCAAGUUGGUGACACCAUCAUUGUCACAUUCAGGAACAUGGCGAAUCAUUCCUGUAGUAUCCAUCCACAUGGCAUUGCUUAUGGAAAACAGUCUGAAGGAGCUUUGUACUUUGACAACACAUCCCAGUUUGAGAAAGAGGAUGAUGUCAUAUUUCCUGGUAAAGAGCAUACAUACUACUGGGAGGUAACUCAAGAUGUGGCCCCAAAGGACGCAGAUCCCCCGUGUGUCACAUACACUUAUUUCUCGCAUCAUGAUAUUGUCAAAGACUACAACACAGGCCUGAUUGGUGCACUGCUAAUUUGUAAGAAAGGCAGCCUUGAUGAGUCUGGAAAGCAGGUCAAUUUUCAUCAGGAAUUUACACUGUUGUUUGGGGUGUUUGAUGAGAGCAACACCUGGUACAGCAAAAGGGAUGCACCACUUAAGAACGAUGUGAAAUACACAAUCAAUGGCUUCACAAAUGGCUCUGUCCCUGAUCUUAAUGUGUGCGCACAUUCCAAAGUAACCUGGCACUUGGUCGGUAUGAAUUCGGAGCCAGAGCUUUUUUCUGUGCACUUCAAUGGCCAGGUUCUGCAGCAGAGUGGGCACAAGGUGUCUUCAAUAGGCAUUAUGAGUGGCACAGCUACCAGCGCAGACAUGGUGGCCAUCUACCCUGGUCGCUGGCUUCUCUCUUCUCACAUUAAUAAACACUUGGAAGCUGGGAUGCACGGCUUCCUGCUUGUUAACACAUGUGAAAAGUUUCCUGCACCAAAGCGAAGGCUCACCAUUAAACAACAGAUAGAGAGUCAAGAAUGGAAUUACUACAUUGCAGCUGAGGAGAUCAUUUGGGAUUAUGGCCCAAAUUUGCCAGAUAAUGUGGACAGGAAUUUUCGGUCAACAUACUUAAAACAGGGUGCAGACCGGAUUGGUAAGAAAUAUAAAAAAGCUGUGUUCACCCAAUAUAAAGAUGAAUCAUUUAAAGAAAGGGCAGAGCAAAAGCAAAGGAAGAAGGAGUUGGGAAUUCUUGGUCCUGUGAUCAGAGCACAGAUCAGAGACAAAAUAAAGAUUGUGUUCAAAAACAAAGCAUCACGUCCGUACAGCAUUUAUCCUCAUGGAUUAACCAUUGAUAAAGCAGCAGAGGGAGCCAAUUACCCUGAGGGAGGGAACCAGAGCCAUGCAGUGCAACCAGGGGAGACUUACACAUACGUGUGGAAAGUCAUUGAGGAGGACGAGCCAUUAAACAGUGAUUCAAGGUGUCUCACCAGGAUGUACCAUAGUGCGGUGAACACUCCACGAGAUAUUGCGUCAGGCCUUGUUGGGCCACUUCUCAUCUGCAAAAGCCAGUCCCUCAGUACCAGGAAUGUCCAGCUGAGAGCAGACAAGGAGCAGCAUGCUAUGUUUACCAUUUUUGAUGAAAACAAGAGUUGGUACCUAAAUGAGAACAUUUUCACAUACUGUGGAGACCCAAAAAAUGUAAAACCAGAUGACCCAGAGUUUUAUAAAUCAAAUGUUAUGCACACAAUUAAUGGUUAUGUGUAUGAAAGUGGUCAAAUCCUGGGGUUUUGCAAUGGUGAGAUUGCAACUUGGCAUGUGUCUAGUGUUGGGGAACAAGAUGACAUCCAAACAGCCACAUUUUAUGGACACACAUUUGAGCUGAACAACAGAGAGGAAGACAUCCUCAGUCUGUUCCCCAUGACAGGAGAGACGAUCUCCAUGAACAUGGCUAAUAUUGGAGUUUGGCUAAUGGCAUCACUGAGCACACAUGAGACCCAGAAAGGAUUAAGAGUAAAGUUUCAGGAUGUGGAAUGCUUUAGAGAUUACAUCAUGGAAUAUCUUUCCAAUGUUAAAGAUGAUGAGAAAGACAACAUCUACGAAGUGUGGAAACCCACAACUGUAAAAGAGUUAGAAAAUGAGAAACACAUACCACCGCAAAGAAAAACUGUUGUUGAUGAAGAAUCUGAUGAUUAUGCAGCACUUCUUGGUUUAAGGACAUUGAACAACUCAGGUGCAAAUUAUAUGGAAUUUUUAGACCUUUCUCGCUUAGAUAAUGAUGGUGUGCUAUGGGACACUGAUAAGAUCCAAAACACAACUCAUUUGGGGUUUGAGUUUGAUAACAACCUUACAACAGAAGCUCUACAAAAUGAAAGCACAACAGAGUCACUGAUCAAAUUCUCUCCAGAGUUGACGCCUGCUAACUCCAUAACCAAUGGAACUGACAGUAUCACCACUAAUCCCACUGCCAUCUCGCUUCUACAAAAUAUUGACAGUGAAAUCACCUCAGAGGACAGACACAAUACAUCAGAAUUAACAGAAGAGAUAAGGCCAUUGUUAUCAACCCAAACAUCAAAUACUCAUAAAGAGAAGGUGGCAGAGGCAGAGACCCUGAAAUUCUCAGGACUAAGCUCUGUGGAGGUGGUCAAUGAUGAUUACAUGUCAAAGGACAACAUACUUAUUUAUAGUGUACCUGCCCUUAACUCUCAUAUUACCAUUACAGACACUGAAGAUAUGAAAAAGUUUGUGCUAUUGGAUAAUGGUGAAGAAACAGAUGCAAAUAGCCACAAGCAUUUAGUUGAAUAUAGUGUCUCACCUACAGAACUUCCUAACAAAACCAUUUUGGAACUGCUGGGCAAUGCCACUCAAACCACAUGGCUUGGGGAUGCCCAAGAAUUAAAUCAUACAAAUAUGAAUUUUGAAUCAUUAUAUGACAUCAGUCAAGGGAACCCCAAAGUGGUUUCAGAUUUUACACUGAAGGUUAGUCAAGAAUUAAAUGGCACCCAAGUGGACUUUGACUUUUCAGUGGAGGAAGAUAAAAAAUUUAAUGGCACCCAAGUGGACUUUGAAUUUUCAGUGGAGGAAGAUAAAAAAUUUAAUGGCACCCAAGUGGACUUUGAAUUUUCAGUGGAGGAAGAUAAAAAAUUUAAUGGCACCCAAGUGGACUUUGAAUUUUCAGUGGAGGAAGAUAAAAAAUUAAAUGGCACCCAAGUGGACUUUGAAUUUUCAGUGGAGGAAGAUAAAAAAUUUAAUGGCACCCAAGUGGACUUUGAAUUUUCAGUGGAGGAAGAUAAAAAAUUUAAUGGCACCCAAGUGGACUUUGAAUUUUCAGUGGAGGAAGAUAAAAAAUUAAAUAGCACCCAAGUGGAUGCCACAUUUUCACUGAAGGAAGAUAAAGAAUUAAAUAGCACCCAAGUGGACUUUGAAUUUUCAGUGGAGGAAGAUAAAAAAUUAAAUGGCACCCAAGUGGACUUUAAAUUUUCAGUGGAGGAAGAUAAAAAAUUUAAUGGCACCCAAGUGGACUUUGAAUUUUCAGAUUCUGAAUUUUCAGUGCAGGAAAAUAUCAGACACAAGGAUAUAGAAAUUACCUGGGAGAAAUUCAGACAUCUUACUAGCAUCCAGGAUCACCUAUACUCAGAUGUUCAAAAAUCCAACAGCACCAAACUAAGCUCCAAAAUUUCCAACAUGCUGUAUGACUCAUUCUUUGAAAGUGAAAGGACAGAGAGAACAAACCUUCCUCAGAAUGUUACAUUCCCUACCAUAGUUCCUUUCACUGACUAUGCACAUAAUGAGACAAUGAGCCCAAAAGUCAGCAACUUCUGGACAUCAUCAGAAGAGUUCAGUUCAGAGAGCCUUAAGAAUACUUCCUUCUCAAAUUGCAUUUUAAACCUUUCAUCUACAGAAAGUAACUCUUCCCACACUAAUAUUCAACUGCCAAACAGCAGUUCAGAGCGGGUUGCUGAAGUGGCUAUCUAUCUAAAGGACAGCAAAAACACUAUGGUCAUUCUCACCACACCUUUGGAUAUGCAAACAAAGAACUGGAGCUAUGAUGGCAAACAUGAACUGGUGCCAGUGGAGUUCCCAGAUCACAUGAACAAAUAUAUAACAGACAAGCAACCAAAUAGUGCAAAAGAAGACAAAGAAGAGAAGAAAAACACAUAUCUAAAAAGGGUGACACCCAUGAAAGGGUAUGGCAUGAAGACAAAAAAGAGAAAGGAGUACAAACCGCAAAUUUCUAAUGGCAUCUCUCAAAGAGGCUUCUCUCCACGAGGCUUCUCUCCACGGGGUUUUGCUCCCUCUCAGUUAACACCAAGGACUACCAAGCCCAUCUCUGAAGAAGAAGACAUGAGUCUAAAAGACAUAGUCAUAGGUGUUCCCAGGAAUGACUUCAGUGGAUAUGACAUAUAUGUUCAUUAUGAGGAGCAGGAUUUUGAUGUUGAGAACAUCCCUGAUGACAAUGGAGAAUAUGAAUAUGUUGAAUACAAAGACCCAUAUGGUAAACCGGCUCAAACAGAAGCUGAUGUACUUGAUGAAGUAACUAAAUAUUCUUUGCAAAUGGCUGGCAAAAAGUCCAGGGUCUACUUCAUUACUGCUGAAGAAGUUAACUGGGAUUAUGCAGGCUAUGGACAUAGGAGGGAAGAUAAAUCCUCAGUGAAGGAGAGGCCUACACUGUUCAAGAAAGUGCUGUUCAGGUCAUAUUUGGACAGCUCCUUUACAACCCCAGACUCUCGUGGAGAAGCUGAUGAGCAUCUUGGCAUCAUGGGUCCAGUCAUUAAGGCUGAAGUUGGUGAAACCAUAUAUGUAGUGUUUAAGAAUCUUGCCAGCCGCCCAUACUCAUUACAUGCAAAUGGGGUGUCAUAUAGCAAAAAUAUGGAGGGGCUGAAUUAUGAAGAUGGCUCACCUUACUGGUACAAGUACGAUGAUGCUGUUCAACCCAAUAAAACUUUUACAUAUAUUUGGACAGUAAAUGACAAAGUGGGGCCAUUAAACGGUGACUCUGGCUGCCGAAUAUGGGCCUACUACUCUGGCAUAAAUCCUGAGCGCGAUAUCCAUUCUGGACUGAUCGGGCCUCUUCUGGUUUGUAGCAACGGCACCCUCUCUAAAAAUCUAGUAGACAGACAAGACUUUAUUUUACUUUUUAUGAUGUUUGAUGAGAACAAGAGCUGGUACUAUAAGGAAAACUGGGAGAUUCUCAAGAAGACAAACAAAAGAGCAACGAUGGACCCAAAUUUCGAUAACAAUAUCAAAUUUUAUGCCAUCAAUGGUAUUGUAUACAGUCUUAAAGGACUCCGCAUGUACGCUAAUCGGCUUGUACACUGGCAUCUUAUAAACAUGGGCUCUCCAAAAGACUUCCACAGCAUUCAUUUUCAUGGCCAAACAUUCGUUAAAAAGCAUAAUGACCCCCAUCGUCAGGGAGUGUUUCCACUUUUACCUGGAGGUUUCGCAACCUUGGAGAUGUGGCCCUCAAAGCCAGGGCUCUGGAUGUUGGAGUCUGAGGUUGGAAUCGCCCAGCAGAGAGGGAUGCAGACCCUAUUUUUAGUGCUGGACAAUGAAUGUGACCACCAACUUGGUCUGAUUUCUGGAGCUGUUAAAGACAGCCAAAUAACAGCAUCAGAUUCUAGAGACUACUGGCUUCCCAAUUUGGCCAGACUGCACAAUACAGGAAAAUACAAUGCAUGGAGUACAACAAAGCUAAACCAGUGGAUUCAGGUAGAUUUCCAACGGCCAGUGGUAAUCAGUAAAAUAGCCACACAGGGAGCCAAACGACUCUUCACAUCUCACUAUGUUCUGAACUACACAAUUUUCUACAGUACAGACCGCAAAAGAUGGAGUUGGUAUAAGGGAGACAGCAAAACUUCAAAAAAGACUUUUGAAGGCAAUAGAGGAGCCCAUGAAGUGAAGGAGAAUAUAUUCUUCCCACCUAUUAUUAGCCGUUACGUGAGGCUUUACCCCUCACAUUCAUAUAAUUAUCCAACUGUUCGCAUGGAGUUCUUUGGAUGUGAGCUAGAUGGCUGUUCUGUACCCUUGGGAAUGCAGAGUGGAUAUAUAAAUGAUCAUCAGAUCACAGCCAGUUCUGUUGCUACCAACUGGUAUUCUAGCAGUUGGCAGCCUUGGUUUGCCCGCCUUGAUAAACAAGGAUCCCUCAAUGCUUGGCAGGCUAUGAGUUAUGACACAAAGCCAUGGCUCCAGAUAGCACUUAAGGAUGUCAAGAAGAUCACUGGAAUUGUUACCCAGGGAGCAAAGUCACUGAAUACAGAGAUGUUUGUAACCACUUAUGUUUUAGAGUACAGCGAUGAUGGAAAGAAAUGGAUCAAGUACUCAGAUAACGAGGACUAUGAAAUGAAGAUAUUCAUGGGCAACUCUGAUAACAAUGGCCAUGUGAAGAAUUAUAUCUACCCUCCAAUAUUCUCCAAAUAUAUCAGAAUUCUUCCUACAAAAUGGCAGAACUCUGCCACCAUGAGGAUUGAACUACUGGGAUGUGAUUUUUGA